AUGGGUGCUUGGACCGUCUUGUCGAGGCUCUUGGGAGUGGGGAUAUAUACUGUCAUAAUAGUACAGUUUAUUCUGGCUUUUAUUGUGGAGAAGCAACAGCAGCCCCCACCGCAAACGGCACCUCGGCGUGAUCUGGAAUCACCGGCGGCGGCCACCAAUAAUCAAGUUGUUUCCACUACUCCUAUAACUUCGUUUGUUUGCAUCAAUGGCCAAUUGGAACGUUUGGAACUAGACAACAAAAUCGAAACCGUCCUCAAUCCCAUCAAAGAACAGAUUGGAGGAACUGUCGACAUUGCUCUCAUCAUCACGGAAAAUAAGGCCAUCUACACCAAGGCCAAGAUAUCGGACCAGCGGGCCCAACACGAACCUCAAUUUACCAAAUACCAUGAGGCAGUCGACUAUUUGACCAGCAAGGGAUUCAAUGUCGUCUCCAAUGCUCCCGUGGAUCAUGCCAAGGAUCCCAAUGUCUACACAGAAUAUCUGUGGAGGCUGGCCCAACUAGCGGGAGACAAAAAGCUCAAGGAUCCCGAUUUUUUUGCUUACGACAAGAAACGAGCGCAAAAUCAUGUCCGACAGGCCAUUUCGGGAGAGCUGUGUUAUCGACAUAUGGCCGCCACUGGCACGGAUUAUAGCAAAGGAAUUGUGGCCCGAUGGCGAGACGAUGUCGGCUUUUUGAAGGAGCUUCCGAUUGGGACAUUUUUCAAGUGGUUGCACGAUCCACCCCCGGUCGAUCCCGAAUACGACUUGGCCGUGGUGAAACAUAAUCAAGUACGACCCACCAUGGUAACACCCUAUUGCCGUAAUUGGCAAGGAUUGAACGACCGGGGUGCAUUUGUGCAUCCUGAUGGAGCCUAUGCAUACUUCAUGGCACCCAUGGUGUCGUUUACUCGAGCACGUCCAUUGCCAAAGGAUCGAGUCUGCAAUCACGAAAGAUUCUUGCGAGAUACCUACAAUAAGGAAGGAUUCUUAUUUAUUCCCACCAAAGAAUUAUAUCCAGUCCCCAUGUUCCGCAACGAUGGAAAAGGAGUCUUUCGAGAAGAGGAAAAAGACAAUACCCUGUGCCGAGUGUGGUGGAAAUCCUAUCGAGGGGAUUGUCCCCGACAAGACGAAAAAAUCAAAUUGUUGGAUGGAGAUGGGCAAUCACAGCCGGAACUCUCGCAACCAGAAGUCCCUGUCAGCAAAGCAGAACCCAAAGCAGCUGCUGCCAAAGAUGACGAAAUUCGAUCCUUUGUUUGUAUCAAUGGCCAACUGGAACGUCUGGAAUUGGACAACAAGUUGGAGAACCUCCUCAUUCCCAUUCGAGAGGAGAUUGGUGGCACUGUGGAUAUUGCCUUGGUGGUUUCCGAAAAUCAAGCCUUGUAUACCAAAGUCAAAGUUUCCGACCAGCGCGCCCAACACAAGGCUGUCUUUGAUCAUUAUCAAGAGGCUAUCGACUACCUGGAACUGCAGGGAUUCAAUGUGGUCUCCAGAGAACCAAUGCCUCAUUCCGUCGAUCCCAUGGUCUAUCCCGAGUACGAAAUUCGACUGGCACAAUUGGCCAACGACAAGAACAUCAAAACAGCCUACCUAUUCGAGAGGAAUCACAAACGAGCCCAAAAUCACGUUCGACAGGCUAUUUCGUGGGAGAGUUGCUAUCGUCACAUGUUGGAGACUGGUCACGAUUACAGCAAAGGCAUUGUUAGUCGGUGGCGAGACGAUGUAGGCUUUGAACACAAGUUGGAUGUUGCCACCUUUCUAAGCUGGAUUCGCGAUCCUCCACCUGUCAAACCGGAACAAGAUCUGGCGGAAAAGAAACCCUUUCGACCGACCAUGGUGACGCCAUACUGCCGCAAUUGGAAUGGUUUGAAUGACCGAGGAGCCUUUAUUCAUCCAGGUGGGGCUUAUGCCUACUUCAUGGCGCCAUUGACUGUCUUUUCGGCAGCCAUGGCACUACCUUCGAAACGAAUCUGCAACUUUGAACGUAUGCUGCGAUGGACCUAUAACCGAGAAGGGUUCCUCUACAUCCCAACUCGACAAUUGUAUCCAGUUCCGAUGUACAAUGUCAAUGGUACAGGAGUAUUCCGAGAGGAGGAGCUGAAACUGAUGUGCCUGUCAUUUUGGAAUUCCUACAGUGUAGAUUGUCCACGAAACAAUGAAACAAUAACAAUCCUAAGGGAGUAG